AUGAAGGCGUUUUUGUCGGAAGAUGCCAUGUCCUCAGAUUUAGUGGGGUCUCUGUUGCAGAAAUGCAUGAAAUUGAAAUCUCUGCAACAGGGUAAGCAGAUCCAUGCUCAGUUAUUAACCAGAGGAGUGGACAUUACAACUGGAUCUCUGAACUCAAAGCUCGUAGGGGUAUAUGCGGGUUGUGGUGAUGUGCAAUCGGCGAGGCUAAUAUUUGAAAAUAUUCGAAGGCCAUCUGUUUUCGGUUGGAACUGGAUGAUCUCAGCUCUAGCAUUUCAAGGACACUCUGAGGAUGCAGUUAGAUACUUCUCCCAUAUGCAGGAAGCAGGGAUUCUUCCAAACAAAUUCACUUCAUCUUCUGUCCUCAAGGCUUGCGUAGGUCUGAUGGAUAUAAAUAUGGGGAAGGAACUCCACUGCAUAAUAAACAGAAUGGGUUUCGAAUCUGACGUUCAAGUGGCAAAUGCUCUGAUAGAUAUGUACUGUAAAUGUGGGAAGCUAGACUCUGCUCGUCAGCUGUUUGACAGAAUGCCGAAAAGAGAUAUUGCAUCAUGGACAUCCAUGAUUUGUGGAUAUUCACGUGGAGGGAAGCUUAAGCAGUCGUUGAUACUUUUUGAGCAGAUGAAGCUAGAAGACUUGGAACCUAAUGACUUCACAUGGAAUGCUAUUAUUGCAGGUUAUGCUCAGAAUGGAGAUUGUGAUCGAGCUUUUGAGCUCUUCUCUAAAAUGAGGAAAGAAAGAUCGGUCCCUGAUUUGGUUACCUGGAAUGCUAUGAUAACAGGUUAUGUUCAAAACCAUCAGAAUCUCAAAGCUAUAGAGUUGUUCAAGGACAUGUUGGUCUCUGGACUUAAACCCAAUUCAGUAACCAUUGCUAGCCUGCUCCCUGCUUUUGGGUUGAUAGGCUCACUACAUAGGGGGAAACAAGUUCAUUGUCUGAUCAUCAGAUUGGGGCUUAGUAUUAAUAUUUUUGUCAGUACUGCCCUUAUUGACAUGUAUUCAAAAUGUGGGAGUGUGAAAUAUGCUUGGAAUGUGUUUGAUCAGUUUGCAACAAAAAAUGUUGCUUCAUGGAAUGCCAUAAUUGGGUGCUAUGGGAAGCAUGGUUUAGUUGAUACCUCAAUCCAACUAUUUGGGAGAAUGCAGGAAGAAGGCGUUUGGGCAAACCAAGUCACUUUCACUUGUCUUCUUUCUGCUUGCAGUCAUGGCGGUUUGGUCAAGAAAGGUUUAGAGAUUUUCAAGUCAAUAAAAGAGAUUUCCGGGACUGAGGUCAGCAAGGAGCACUAUGCAUGUACAGUUGAUCUUUUGUGCCGUUCAGGAAAGCUUGAAGAAGCCUAUGAGUUGAUAAAGGACAUGCCGGUGGAUGUCAAUGAUUCCAUUGUUGGAGCCUUCUUGAAUGGCUGUAGAAUGCAUGGAAGAAAUGACUUGGCUAAAAAAAUGGUGCAGGAGAUUCUAGAGAUGGAGAAACCGGGAGGCUUUGUGACCCUGUCAAAUAUUUUUGCUGCAGAUGGAGAGUGGACAGGAGUUGAGAAUGUGAGGAAGGUAAUGAAGGAGAAGAAUAUCUUUAAGAAGCCAGGUUGUAGUUGGGUUGAGAAGAAGGAUCUAUUUGUUGGGUUCAAAGUAGGGGAAACAGUAGUUGAGGCCUAA